AUGCUGCAGGCCUCACUCGGCUGUGAGGUCCAGGAGGACGGCGGCCCCUCGGCGUUCUGGAGGUUUGGCUAUGACGGAAAGGAUUUCCUGACCUUUGAACCGAAGAUGCUCAGCUGGACCGCGGCCGACCCCGGGGCCUGGGGCCUCAAGGAGAAGUGGGAGGCGGAUCUGAAGCGAGGGGACCGGGACCGGGCCUUCUUGGAGGGGACCUGCACACACAUGCUCCGGAAAUACUUAGCAUCCGGGGGGAAGACUCUGGAGAGGGCAGUGACCAUCCUGAAGUGCCGGGCUCUCGGCUUCUCCCCUCAGAACAUCUCCCUUAACUGGCUGCGGGACGGAGAAAAGCUGCCCCAGAGGACCCUGGAGCCCAAGGCCGGCCUGCCCAGUGGGGACAGGACCUACUAG